GUAGGCCUAACUGUUUGUGUAGUGUCUCGCUCCUUUCACAGUUUGGACCACCUGGCUGAGGUGAGUCUGCACAUGGAAGCCAAGAGGAGAGAGGGAGAGGUGACAAACAGGAGACCCCAGCUGUGGAGAAGGAUUGUGUGUUUGAGGUGAGGGUUAUGUGUGUGUGUGUGUGUGUGUGUGAGGGUUAACCUCAUGUUUUUUUUCUUCUGUUCAGCUGCAUGUCUCCCAGGUGUCAGCAUUUGUCCGUUGGGAUCCCCUGACAAGAGUAUAAAUAUCGUGGAGAUGGAAAGAGAGAAUGAUCCUGGAGAGACGGUCCUGAACAAGAGACGCAUCAAGUCAAGUAACAGAGACAUCAACACACACAGACAGGCACAGAGCCGGCUCUGGCAUCGAGGCUGCCCCUGUGCUCCCAUGCAGAGAGGACCCCCCAGGGGGCCAGACGCCAGCUGAGACUGAAAAACAAGAAGAUCUAAAUGCCACUUAUGGUAUAAUGCAGCUUGCUGGGACCCGGCUCAGUCUUAGACUCAGAUUUCAGACGGCUUUGUACAUAAAUUCCACGAGAACCAAGUAAAGCCAUUGUGUCAUGGGUUUAACUGAAGGAACACUCUGGAAACGUGACCAGGGCCCGUGCUCGCAACAUGGGGGAGGACCCCAGACUCUCCAUGCCCGCUGAGCUGCACCACCCACAUGCCAAGUUCUCAAACUGGAAGUUUAAGCUGUUCCGGGUCAAAUCCAUGGAGAGAGCCCCCCUACCCGGUGAUGUGCAGCCUGAGACAGGGGCACUGGCUGGGGUGGUGACCCCAUCAGGCCCGGGGGAGACUGUGGAGGAGGUGGUGGGUCUCCCGGGGAGUGUGAUGAGCCUGUGUCUGGGGAGUAAGAGCAAGGAGAAUGUAGAGGGCCCAGAGCAGAGAGUGGAUCUGAAACUACAGGAGAUGGACACCCACAUGAACCACCUCAGGUGUCUGUGCCGUCUGUGUGGAACAGCGCUCAGGAAAGCCAAAGGUCCGGAGCAUGAGGUCCAGGGGUCUCUUGAUGAGGCCAGCAGGGGGGCCUUGCGCAGAAUGGGUUGCAAAGCCACCGUUUGGUCCGAGGUCAUCCUCAAAGUCUUCAAAGUGGAUGUGACGGGGGACAUGGAGACUCUCCACCCACUGUCCUUCUGCCACCGCUGCUGGACCGCGGCCAUGAGAGGAGGAGGCUUCUGCAGCUUCUCCAGAACCCGGGUCCCAGUGUGGAGACCCCACUCCCCCCUCUGUCCCCUCUGCCACCCCAGGAAACCCUCCCUCCAGCGGAGAGGCAGGAAGAGGAGAAAGCCCCCGCGUGGAGCUCAGCGUCUCACCAAGAGGACCAAGUGGGACUUGCAGGACAGCACAGCCACAGGGGAGAAGAAGACAGGAAAACCAGGACCAGACCACCGCCAAGGUCCUGGUAGAUGGGUAAGACCCAGCGCCCAAAAAGCCCAGUGGGUCAAAACCAUCACCCACUGCCAGCAGGAUCACUUCAGCACCAGGCUUCUCCCCGAGGAGCUCCCGGUGGACUUCCAGAACUCGGUCACCUGCCAGGUGUGUGACCACCUGCUCUCCGACCCCGUCCAGUCCCCCUGCAGACACCUGUUCUGCCGCGGCUGCAUCCUGAAGUACAGCCGAGUUCUGGGGGCCCACUGCCCGGCCUGCACCCUGCCCUGCUCCCCGGCUGACCUCAUGACCCCCAACAAGGCCUUCCUGGCAGUGCUGCACUCUCUCCCCCUGCUCUGCCCCAGGGAGGGCUGCGGGGAGCUGGUGAGGCUGGAUCUGUUCAGGGCCCACUGUUUGGCCCACCAGCUGGAGGAGGAGGAGAAGGACCAGUGGCCCCCGGAGAGGAGCUCCAACAGCUACCUGCCCGUCAACAAGGGAGGAAGACCACGGCAGCACCUGUUGUCCCUGACGCGCCGCGCUCAGAAGCACCGCCUGAAGGACCUGAAGACCCACGUGAAAAUGUUUGCGGACAAAGAGGAGGGAGGAGACAUCAAGUCUGUCUGCCUCACGCUGUUCCUGCUGGCUCUGAGGGCGGGGAACGAACAUCGCCAGGCCGACGAGCUGGAAGCCAUGAUGCAAGGCAGAGGUUUUGGCUUGCAUCCUGCAGUGUGUCUGGCCAUCCGGGUCAACACCUUCUUGAGCUGCAGCCAAUACCACAAGAUGUACCGCACGGUGAAGGCCACUAGUGGGCGCCAGAUUUUCCAGCCACUGCACACCCUACGAAAUGCAGAGAAGGAGCUCCUCCCUGGCUAUCAUCCCUUCGAAUGGCAGCCGGCCCUCCGGAAUGUUUCCCCGGCCUGUCAGUUGGGCAUCAUCGACGGCCUGUCAGGAUGGACGGCUUCGGUGGACGACUCCCCAGCGGACACCAUCUCGCGGAGGUUCCGCUAUGACGUGGCACUGGUGUCUGCUCUGAAGGACCUGGAGGAGGACAUUGUGGAGGGCUUGAGGGAGCACGGCCUGGAAGACAGUUCCUGCACCUCCGGCUUCACCGUGACCAUCAAGGAGUCCUGUGAUGGCAUGGGGGACGUCAGUGAGAAGCACGGAGGGGGGCCGGCCAUUCCUGAAAAGGCCGUCCGCUUCUCCUUCACCGUCAUGUCCGUCUCCGUCCUGGCCGAGGGGGAAGAGGAAGCGGUCACCGUCUUCAGAGAGCAGAAGCCCAACUCGGAGAUGUCCUGCAAACCUCUCUGUCUGAUGUUUGUGGACGAGUCGGACCACGAGACCCUGACGGCCAUCUUGGGGCCUGUGGUGGCCGAGAGGGACGCCAUGAAGAACAGCCGCCUCAUCCUGGCCAUGGGCGGCCUCCCUCGCUCCUUCCGCUUCCACUUCAGGGGCACAGGCUACGACGAGAAGAUGGUGCGCGAGAUGGAGGGCCUGGAGGCUUCAGGCUCCACCUACGUCUGCACCCUCUGCGACGCCACCAGAUCUGAGGCCUCCCAGAACAUGGUGCUCCACUCAGUCACCCGCAGCCACGACGAGAACCUGGACCGCUACGAGCUGUGGAGGACCAAUCCUUACUCUGAAUCGGCGGACGAGCUGCGAGACCGGGUGAAAGGGGUCUCCGCCAAGCCCUUCAUGGAGACCCAGCCCACAUUGGACGCGCUGCACUGUGACAUCGGCAACGCCACUGAGUUCUACAAGAUCUUCCAGGACGAGAUCGGGGAGGUGCAUUGCAGGCCCAACCCGAGCAGGGAGGAGCGUCGGAGCUGGAGGGCGGCUCUGGACAAGCAGCUCAGGAAGAAAAUGAAGCUGAAGCCCGUGAUGAGGAUGAACGGAAACUUUGCCCGGCGACUGAUGACGGGCGAGGCGGCGGAGGCGGUGUGCGAGCUGGUGCCUUCGCAGCAGCGGCGCGAAGCCCUCAGGGAGCUGAUGAAUCUCUACCUACAGAUGAAGCCCGUGUGGCGCGCCACGUGCCCAGCCAAAGAGUGCCCCGACCAGCUGUGUCGCUACAGCUUCAACUCCCAGCGCUUCGCUGAUCUCCUCUCUUCCACCUUCAAGUAUAGGUACGACGGGAAGAUCACCAACUACCUCCACAAGACUCUGGCCCAUGUUCCUGAAAUCAUAGAGAGGGAUGGUUCCAUCGGGGCCUGGGCCAGUGAGGGGAACGAGUCGGGAAACAAAUUGUUCAGGCGGUUUCGAAAGAUGAAUGCCCGCCAGUCCAAGGCAUUUGAGCUUGAAGAUGUGCUGAAACACCACUGGCUCUACACCUCAAAGUACCUACAGAAGUUCAUGGAAGCUCACCGCAAUUCUGCCAAGGCUUUUCAGGCCACCAUCGACCCAGUGGAAACACAAGAUGAUACUGACAUGUCCCUGGAUGUCCCCGAUUUUUUAGAACACUGAUAUCCUGAGUGUGAACCUUUACUGACUUACUUUAUUACUUGAUGGGGUGUUUGCAUUUUACUUGCAUUGUUCAGUUAUUUUAGCUGCACAGGAGAGUGGUACUUUCUUUAUGUCAGACAUCGUUAGUUACUUUACUGAAUUGUUUGCAAAUUUUCAUUUAUCCAUAAUUUUGGGGGAAGGACACAGAGAUGCUUUUUGCCUAACACAAACCCUUUCACAAUAUUACUUGAUUUCCCACAAUGUGAACAUGUCCUUAGCCAUGACUUUUUAUACCUGGGUUUUACACUGUAUAUUUUGAAGAUGAUUUAAGUGCAGAUAUCAGAAAGUGUUGCACUGUCUUGGUCUUGCCUCCUGCUGCUUUUAAAAGAGAUUUGGUUUGGUCCUGGGCUUCUUGUGAAAUAUGGGCCAGCUUAUUGUAUUGCAGGGUUAUGACACACUCAUGAAUUUAUACAUAGAGGUUAUUUAUGGAAACAGAUGAAAGCAUUGUAAGUCAUCGCAAAGAAAUUGUGUUAAAAGGCCCACAUUUAUGAUCACUGUAUUAAUUUAUUACCUUGGCUGAAGUAAAAUGGAAUCAUGGAGUCUCAAAUUGUCUUUGUUCCAUGAGUGCCUCCUGAAAAUGAUGACUUUAGUGCUUUAUAGUGGGGUCCCUGUGGAGUAGAAAAGAUGCCAGCUGACUUUGAAACCAUCUUAUCUGUUGGGGUGUUGCACAGGAAAGAAUUAAUUAUAAUACCCUUCCUGUUAUUAUUGAAUAAAGGACAUUCUGGGCUUUUCUUUGAUUGCAUGAAGAAACGUUAAGGUCAUUACUAGCCCUUUCACGCCAGGGAAAGGGGCUGGAUAUUUAAUCGCAUUUUCCCAUCCCCGGGUUCUGUUUCUGUGCUGUUUUUGAAAAGCAAGCGUUUGCUUUCAGAGAGAGAAUAUAGGCACAAGAGGGUCUUGAUGCAAACUAAAUUGUUUGAUUUGUUUGAUUGAUUGAUUUAAUUCUCUGUUUCACUGCCUGCAGGCCCCAUAUUGAGUUGUGACAGAGAUGUAUUUGAUUAAAUUUUGCGAUUUGGUUGUGUUGUCAAGGCUUUAACCAUGUGACAUGGAGUGAAAAUUAAAUGUAUCAAAUGGCUACUGUGACAGUCACACAAUGGCAUUGUGUUUUAUAUUGUGUAAUUUUCGUUUUUUUCUUAAUAAAUGUAAUUUCAGAAAUGAUGGAUGAGUUGUGAAAUCUUAGAACACAGUGUCUCCGUUUGAUGUUGUCAGGAGGAUUUAGUCAUGUUUCUAUACUACACCAAAUCUCAGGGAUUCAGAUAUGUGCAAGACCAGUGUCUUUUUAAUCAUAGAAAUUA